AUGAACGGCAGCACCGUGAGUGAGUUCCUGAUCCUGGGCCUCACGCAGAGGCCUGGCCUGCAGCACCUGCUCUUCGUGCUCUUCCUGGGCCUCUACCUGGUGGCUUUCCUCGGCAACAGCCUCAUCGUGGUCGCCAUCGUGCUGCACAGCCCCCUGCACACGCCCAUGUACCUGCUGCUCCUGGCGCUGGCCACCGUGGACAUCGUCUGCACCACCACCAUCCUCCCCAAGAUGCUGGCGGCCAUGCUGCCGUCCGGGCGGGCCAUCUCCUACACGGGCUGCAUGGCGCAGCUCUUCCUCUUCACCUGGGCGCUGGGUGCCGAGAUGGUGCUCUUCACCGCCAUGGCCUAUGACCGCUACGUGGCCAUCUGCUUCCCACUGCGCUACCACGCCCUCAUGAGCCGCGCCACCUGCGCCACCCUGCUGGGCUUGGUCGCGGGCAUCGCCCUCACCAACUCCUGCGUGCACACGGGCCUCAUCCUGAGGCUGCGCUUCUGCGGGCCCAACGCCGUUGACCACUUCUUCUGCGAGAUCCCCCCGCUGCUGGCCCUGUCCUGCAGCCCCGUGCGGCUCAACGAGGUGAUGGUGCACGUGGCCGACAUCACGCUGGCCGUCGGCGACUUCUCGCUCACCUGCCUCUCCUACGGCUUCAUCCUGGCCGCCAUCCUGCGCAUCCGCAGCGCCCAGGGCAAGCGGCGGGCCUUCUCCACCUGCUCGGCCCACCUGCUGGUGGUGGUGCUCUACUACACGCCCGUCAUCUACACCUACAUCCGCCCUGCCACCGCCUACUCCUUUGCCCGCGACAAGAUCGUGGCCGCACUCUACACCCUGGUGACCCCCACCCUCAACCCCAUCGUGUACAGUUUCCGGAACAAGGAGAUGCAGGCUGGGAUCCGGAAGGUCAUGGCCUUCCUGAAGCGUUAG